UGGCGCAUGCGCACACUUUUAAUGUUCUGAUUUCCAUGUGUUUUGGGAGUUCACUGAGGGAAAGUCUAAAUUGUUCAAACGUUAGGCAUUGCAUUCCAAAUUAUGGGAAGGCAGGCUAAGGGCAAAAAGAAAACCAAACCAAAGAGGAAAGGCAACCGUCCAAACCACGAUGCCGGUUUUGUGGACUUGACACCUCAGGAGAGGAUGAAAGUGAGGAUGCAUGAAAAGGCAAAGAAGAAAACAGCGGCCAAGUACUCUGUUGAGCAACUACUAGAGAAGACUGAAGAAUGCAUGGACAGCUUUGACUUUCAGAUGGCUGGACUCUACUGUCAGCGCGCCCUAGACCUGGAGUCCACCAACCUCCAGGCUCUUGAAAUGCUGGGACACAUCUCCUCUGAGCUUGGAGAAACCGAGAAAGCUAAAGGAGCUUUUUUACAUGCUGUGGAGAUAAACCCAGAUGUAGGCCACAGUAAGUACAUGUACCUGGGACAGCUCCACACAGGGCAGGAAGCUAUUGAUUUCUACACCAAAGGAAUACACGUCCUGCUCGCUGCAUUGGACAAACAAAAGGCUACCGCACAGGCCGCAGCUGCAUCACCUUUAGAUGCGGAAUCAGAACUCCCAACGAUGAAGGAUGUUAGCAUGGCUUACUGCUCUGUUGCUGAGCUUUACCUAACUGAUCUCUGCAUGGAGGAAGGAGCUGCUGACAAGUGCAGAGAGUUCAUUGAGAGAGCAUUGCAGUAUCACCCUGACAACCCUGAAGGGCUCCAGCUCAUGGCCAGCUACUUGUUCAGUACAGAGAAAAUUCAGGAAGGGAAAGAAUACUUAUUGAAGAGUGUCAGACAGUGGCUGCCUGCCCAGAAACAGAACGACACCUCCUCCAUCUUGGAAGAUGACAUAAAGAGCCUUAUCCCGCCAUACGAGUCUCGCAUCACAACAGUCAAGCUUCUCGUCGAGGGUGAAGAAUACGAGAUGGCAGUGGAUGUACUGGAGGGUCUUCUGGAAGAAGAUGAUGAGGUUGUUCAGGUAUGGUAUCUCUCCGGCUGGGUUUGUUACUUGCAGUUGGAAAGAGCCAAAGAGCAGCAGGAAAGAGAGGGGAAAGCACUCACGGAUGAGGAGGACGAGGAGAGGUCAUCGCUGAAGGAGGCAGCCAGAUUACAUCUGACCAAUGCUAAGAAGCUGCACACCAAGCUAUGCUGUGACGACCAACCCAUGUUGGAGCAUGUUGAGCAGCUGCUAGGCGAGCUAGGAGGAGAACUGGAUGGCGAAGAGACAAAUUUGGGUGUUGAUGAAGACUAUGAACCUGCUAGUGAUGAGGAAGAGGUGGAUGAGGAUAUGCCUAUGGAACACUGACCACAUUUAUUUUUAGUUUGUUUUUUUUUUCUAAGAAACUAGUAUACUACAACUAGUUUUCUAGGGUCAUUCUAAUAUUACAUUUCUCACAUAAAUGUCUAAUGUUCCCUUGUAAGUGCCUUUCCAAUGGUCACAAAUUUGUUCAUCCAAGAACUGAAUUCAAGUAAGUCAAUUAAAACCUGGCUGUCACUUUACCUAAAUGUGAAGUUCUUUUUUGACAUUUUUUUCCUCUUUAACAAAUUUGAAAAGCCUUUAAAAAAAAAAAAAAAUAGUUGUGAAAGUAUACUUCAAAAACACUGCGUUGGUUGACAGUUAACAUCACCUUUUUGUAUUUUUAUAUUAAAUUCAUAUUCACUUACUUAUUUAUAACAUACCAAUGCAAAAGACAUGGGGCUAUAGUUUUUGUUCCUUGUGCAAUUUUAGACUUGUUGCGCUAGGAGUCAUGUUAGAUCAGGUGUUGCCAUUUGAAAGAGG